AUGACCGCUGAAAAUGAGCCGCUGAAAUCUAGAGAGCCAGAAGAGCUGGUAAAAAAUGGAGACGAAGAAGAAGGAGAUGGAAAAGGACUUGCUAAGUCAUUGACACUUUUUAAUGGGGUCUCAAUUAUUGUUGGAUGUAUUAUUGGCUCUGGAAUUUUUGUAUCGCCUACUGGAGUUCAAGAACAAGCCGGCUCCGUGGGACUUUCCCUUCUCGUCUGGCUCAUUUCUGGUAUCUUCACUGCCAUUGGAGCCUAUUGCUAUGCUGAAUUAGGAACUCUUAUCAAGAAAUCAGGAGGAGAUUACGCCUACAUUAUGGAAGCAUUCGGUCCAUUCGUAGCAUUCAUUCGUCUUUGGAUCGAAGCAAUCGUGGUUCGACCGUGUACUGUUACUAUUGUUGCAUUGACUUUUGCCAUCUACGGACUCCGCCCAUUUUUCCCGGAUUGUGCUCCACCGGAUGGUGUCGCUACUCUUUUAGCUGUUUUGUUAAUUGUUCUGAUGACUGCUAUCAACUGUGUCUCUGUUCGUCUGGCUACCAUCGUCCAAGACUGGUUCACCAUUGCCAAAGUCGUCGCCUUGGUCCUUAUUAUUCUCACUGGACUCUAUCUUCUUGUUUUUGGAGAUUCUCAGUACAAAGACUCAUUUGAGAAUAUUUUCGAGAACACUUCCCAAGAUUUCACAAAGGUUUCGCUGGCGUUUUAUUCUGGAUUGUUCGCCUACUCGGGAUGGAACUUUUUGAACUUCAUUGUGGAAGAGUUGCAGAAUCCAAAGAGAAAUCUCCCUCUUGCCAUUGCAAUCUCCAUCACCACAUGUACCGUAAUCUACGUGCUCACCAAUGUGGCUCUCUACACCGCAAUCUCUCCAGAUGAGAUGCUUGAAUCACCAGCUGUCGCCGUUCUUUUCGCCAACAAACUCUACGGAAGAUUCGCUUUUAUCAUGCCACUCUGUGUCGCCUGUUCUACCAUCGGAUCAGCUAAUGGAGUCAUUUUCACAUCUUCCAGACUUUUCUAUUCGGGUGCUCGUGAAGGACAAAUGCCGAUGGUGUUGACGAUGAUUAAUAAGAAUACAAGGACCCCGAUUCCAGCCGUUAUUUUGACUGGAGCACUUUCGAUUGCGUACUUGUUGGCUUCGAAGGAUGUCUAUCAGUUGAUUAAUUAUAUUCAGAUCAGCUACUGGUUAGCCAUUGGAACUGCCAUUGCUGCUCUCUUCUGGCUCCGCAAGACCAUGCCAGAUGCACCAAGACCAAUUAAGGUCCCACUUAUCUGGCCAAUUAUCUUCAUUUUGGGUUGUGCAGCUCUUGUAUUCAUUCCAAUCGUGGCAGCUCCAAGAGAUACUGGUAUCGGACUCCUCAUCAUGCUCUCUGCUGUCCCAGUCUAUGUAAUCUUCAUUGGAUGGAAAAAUAAGCCAAAGUUCUUCAACGAUUUUAUCAAUAGUUCCACAAUCUUCAUUCAAAAACUCUUCAUGGUUGUCGACGACGAGAAAGAGGACUAG